UUGAGCGAUUUGUUUCGCUACCAGUGCGUAUGGAAUUACGCGUACCGAUUCGAAUCGAAACACAAUCGAUUGCAAGUGCCAGGGACAAACGCACCAAUCCUUUGUAUCGUAACCUGGUUCGUAGUGUGUGACAGUGUAUUUUAUGUUCCCCUCGAAGGAAUCAGUGUCACCACACUGCAUUUUGUGUUGACCGUGACCCAGCUAAUGCAAAGUGUCCCAGAAGUGGCCGCGGGCUGACAGAGUAAACGGUGCGCAAGAGUCGCGUGGUUUUUGGUUUCACGCUAAAUGUAAUUAGUUUAACCGCGUUAGACAGAGCGACAGAACAAAAGUUUGUCUAAAUUAAAUCAUAAACCAUGCUUAGUGUCUUUUUUUCCUUGUUUUAAUGUGACCUAAUAUAAGUGUUUAUACGUAUCGUCUGCAAAACAACAAGUAACGCAACACUCUUUCAUAGCACUUUGGGAAAAGUUCGCGUGUCUACAACAGUUAUCCUUCCGUUCGUGUGUUUGUGGAGUCAUUUGUGUCCGUUCGCGCCGACCGAGUAAAGGGCAAUCCUAACGUGGAAUAGCAACCAAAACCAGUCAGCCGGCAGUUGUUUUGUCGUUUAGUAAUUUCUUUCUACCGAGAAAAGAUAAUUUCACCAGUUCGGUAGACGCUAGCAAACGAUAAGUGGCGGUAAACAGGCGGGAUCAUCGUUCUUUUGCCCUUCCGGUGUGUAUUACUGCUACUACACCACUAAUCGGUUAUCGAUUUAACACCCAACAACCAACGGCGGCGCGUAUUUGCCCAACACCGUGCCCUAGAGUAUGGAUCCAUUAAGUAUCGGAUCCAGCGUCCUUAGCUUACACCAACGAGAAAACAGUGAGCAGCACAAAGACGAUGCGUUCCGAGAGAUCAUUGCGAGCUGCCGGUCGCUGAGCAAGUAUGAGACCAACCUCAAGUCCGCACUGCCCCAGAUCCUGUCGGCGAUUGUGGCCGCCUCGUUUCACAUCGUCAUCGGCAUUUCGCUGGCCUACUCGGCCAUCCUGAUCCCGCAGCUGGAACAGCCCGGUAGCGACAUACCGAUCACGAAAGCGCAAUCGUCAUGGAUUGCGUCGAUUAUCGUGAUCAUGGUGCCGAUCGGUUCGCUGGUGGCGGGUGUGAUGAUGGAGUUCCUCGGCCGGCUCAACACGAUCAAGCUGGCGGCCGUGCCGUGUGUGGCGGGCUGGAUUGCUAUCGCGCUGGCGAACAACUUCACCUGGAUCAUGGUUGGGCGUGUGCUGACCGGUUUUGCCUGUGCACUGGGCACCAGCCCGGCGAUCGUCUACAUUACGGAGGUGGCCCGGCCCGAUAUGCGCGGAUCGCUGAUCUCUUCCGGUCCUACGCUAGCUUCGUUGGGAAUGGUUAUUGCAUACGCAAAGGGAGCCUUCAUGGAUUGGCGGACGGUGUCGUGGAUUUGCAUCAUCUACACCAUCGUGCCGGUGCUUCUAAUACAGCUGUUCGUUCCGGAAUCACCUGUCUGGCUGGUGUCGAAAGGGCGCAUAGAGGAUGCGGCACGUUCGUUGCGAUUCCUGUACAAAAAGUAUCCUCAACCGGAGCACACGGACCAACCGCUGUCCGAGAUGCACCUGAAUGCAUUGCUGAAGGAACGUGAAACGAAACUUGCCGAAGCGCAGAAAAACGUUAACCGGCACGGUGUGCAGCAGUCGAAGCUUCGCGGCUUCCUAAAACCAUCCGGCUACAAACCGAUGAUUAUCCUGUUUUGGUUCUUCCUGAUACAGCAGUUCAGUGGCAUCUACAUAACGCUCUUCUUCGCCGUAACCUUCAUCCAAGACGUCGGCACCGAGGUGAACGCGUUCACGGCCUCCAUCUUUGUCGGGUUGACGCGCUUCACGAUGUCGCUGCUGAACGCAUGGCUGCUGAAGCGAUUCCCCCGGCGCCAGCUGGUCAUGGUCUCCACGACCGGUAUGGCCAUCUGCAUGUUCGUCUCGGGGUUGUUCACGCUGUGGAUCAAGGAGGGUACCACCACGCUGACGUGGAUACCGGUCGUCGGUCUGCUGUUGUACGUCUGCGCCUCCAUGAUCGGGCUGCUCACCAUACCCUGGACGAUGACGGCGGAACUGUUUCCGACGGAAAUACGCGGUAUCGCACACUCGAUAUCCUACUCGAUGGCAAACCUGUUGAUGUUCUUUGCCGUCCAGAGCUACAGAACCAUAACGGAUCUGCUCGGUGGAGCGUAUGCAGUACAGUGGAUGUUCGCCGUCGUGUCCGUGAUCGGAUUUUUCUUCGCACUAUUCUUCCUACCGGAAACGCACGGCAAGAGUUUGGCGGAAAUAGAAGCAUUCUUUGCGGGCAAAUCCCAACCGCACCGUGUACCGACUGAACCAGCGGCCAAACCGUCCGUGACGGAGCAUCUGAUACGUAGCCCGAGCCGGGAGGCCAAGCUGAAAGAGGUUGAACUGAUGCUGAAGAACAAAAAUGGAGCUUAGAUUGGAUGGGAUGAUAGUUAACCCUGUGCACACGAUAUACGAACUCUAAGGCAGGGACUGACUGCAAAAGUAUUGCUAAAUGCUGUGUACGAGCAGUUGUACUUAAUUUAGCACGCUAAGAAGAAGCACAACAAAUUCAUCGACAAACUGCCCAGUCUAGAAGUGUGUGCUUCGUACGCUAAGAAGAUACUGAGGGUUUAUACAGUAACCUUGAACAAAAAAAACACAUACAAACACACAAACAUAUUUAUUUUUAGUAUUUUGAAAUUCCGUAAAAGAAAACCCUUUCGUCGUGUCAUGGAAAUGGUGGCAGAGGAAAGGAUAAUUACCCUAACCUGCGCUCGAUGAUGAUUUACCGAAGGUGUACCAAAACAUGGUAGUUGUGUUUUCAAUUGAUUUGAUUGACUUUCGCGAUGCGACGCGGAACAGUGCAUAAAUGUUUCGGCAGACUGAGCUUGAUGAAGCCAUACGCAUGACGACAAAAAAAACACCCCCAGCACCAGCCCACCCUGGUGAAGCCAUUUAAUGCAAUCCAAGUUCAAAACACAGUGUAUUAAUCGUAUUUGAAGUAUUGCAAGUGCGUAGAUUUAGUUCUAAAUAAACUGUUGAAGUUGAAAGUGCGA